UUGGACCGGACGGUCCCAGUAAAGGGCGAAUCGGCUAUCGACACCGCCUGCCUGCUGGCGUUCCAGUACGAGUACCCGGGCCAGGACUGCACAGUGGACGUGGACACCGACGAGUUCACUGCCGUCUGUCCAUGGACCGGGCUGCCCGACUAUGGCAUGUUGCGAAUAUCCUACGUUCCUCAGGACAGUUGCAUCGAACUGAAGGCCCUGAAAUACUAUCUCCUGUCCUACCGGGACGUGGGCGUCGUCCAGGAACACGCGGCCAACCGCAUUCUGCUGGACUUGGUGGAAUUGUGCCACCCCAAGAGUAUGAAGGUCACGUUGGACUACCGCGUCAGGGGCGGCAUCCAUACCUGCGUCACGGUCGAAUAUCCCGGCAACGGGACCGGCUAA